GCCUCGUCAGCCUAGCAGCAGGAAGAGGAUGUUUGCUUCCAGUGAAAGAAUAAUAUCACCUGAUUACAAGUCUUCAUAACAGAGUAAACCGCCCUAUAGUGUUUCUGCUGAGCUUGCUGGGAUUUUGACAGCUCUUUCCCUCGCCCGGAGCCGGCUUCUGUGAGUCUGAAGCUGGGCGGAUAAGAUGUCCCUGUUCCAGUCGGCACUGGAUUUUCUAGCCGGGCCCGGCUCGUCCGGAGCGGCCAGCCGGGACCAGAAUGACUUCGUCGGACAAGUCGUUGAGCUCGGUGACAUGAAACUGAGGAUCAAGAGGGUGAUCGCAGAAGGUGGAUUUGCCUUUGUGUAUGAAGCCCAGGACAUGAGCAGUGGUAAAGACUAUGCCCUGAAGAGGCUGCUGUCCAAUGAGGAGGAGAAGAACAAGGAAAUCAUACAGGAAGUCUGCUUCAUGAAAAAGCUGUCAGGUCAUCCCAACAUGGUCCAGUUCUGCUCUGCUGCCUCCAUCAGCAAGGAGGAGUCAGACACUGGACAGGCCGAGUUCCUUAUCCUAACUGAGCUGUGUAAAGGUCAGCUGGUGGACUUUAUAAAGCGGGUCGAGCAGAGAGCUCCCCUGUCAUGUGACACUGUACUGAAAAUCCUCUACCAGACGUGCCGCGCCGUGCAGCACAUGCACAAACAGAAACCUCCAAUCAUACACAGAGACCUCAAGAUUGAGAACCUCUUGAUUAGUAACCAGGGCACCAUCAAGCUUUGUGACUUUGGCAGCGCCACCACAGUGUCACAUUACCCUGACUACAGCUGGUCGGCACAGAAGAGGUCCAUGGUGGAGGAUGAGAUCACAAGGAACACAACUCCAGCAUACCGAACGCCAGAGAUGAUUGAUCUCUACUCCAACUUCCCCAUCAAUGAGAAACAGGACAUCUGGGCCCUUGGAUGCAUCCUCUACCUGCUGUGUUUUAAGCAGCACCCAUUCGAGGAGGGGGCCAAGCUACAAAUCGUCAAUGGGAAAUACUCCAUCCCUCAGAACGAUGUCAAGUACACUGUGUAUCACGACCUCAUACGAUCCAUGUUGAAGGUGAACCCAGAGGAGCGUCUGUCUAUUACAGAGUUGGUCAACCAGCUCCAGGAGAUAGCAGCAGCACGCAACGUCAACCCCAAGUCUCCCAUUACAGAGCUGCUGGAGCAGAAUGGAGGUUUUGGCAACAAUGGAGCCCAGCCGCCGAUGCAGGUCCAUAAUGUCCACAACAAUGCAGGCAUGUACGAUCCUGAUCAGUCGGGCAGUGGCCUCCUGGACAUCUUAAGGGGGGGAACAGAGCGCUUCCUCACCAACAUAAAGGACACUUCCUCUAAGGUGAUCCAGUCAGUAGCCAGCAGCCCAAGCUAUGCCAAAGGAGACCUGGAUAUUUCGUACAUCACCUCUAGAAUAGCAGUCAUGUCCUUCCCAGCGGAGGGGGUGGAGUCAGCGAUAAAGAACAACAUUGAGGACGUGCGUCUGUUCCUGGAUUCCCGUCAUGCUGGCCACUAUGCUGUCUACAACCUCUCCAAACGAUCAUACAGGCCUUCUCGAUUCCACAACAGGGUUUCAGAGUGUAACUGGCAGGUGCGCCGUGCUCCCAACCUCCGCAGUCUCUACAGUGUGUGUAAGAACAUGCAUCUGUGGCUCAAACAAGACCAGAGGAACAUCUGUAUAGUUCACUGUCUGGAUGGCAGGGCGGCAUCAGCAGUGGCCGUUUGCUCCUUCCUGUGUUUCUGUCGCCUCUUCACCACAGCGGAGGCUGCUGUCUACAUGUUCUCAAUGAAACGCUGCCCACCUGGCAUAGCGCCCUCACACAAGAGGUAUAUUGAGUACAUGUGUGACAUGAUGGCAGAGGAGCCCAUCAUCCCCCACAGCAAGCCCAUAACAAUUCGCUCCAUCGUCAUGACACCCGUGCCGCUGUUCAACAAGCAGCGUAAUGGGUGCAGGCCGUUCUGCGAGGUGUACGUUGGAGAUGAGAGGGUCCUCACCACAUCGCAGGAGUACGACAAGAUGAAGGAUUUUAAGAUGGAGGAUGGGAGAGCAGAGAUUCCCCUCAAUGUGACAGUCCAGGGAGAUGUACUGGUGGUGAUCUAUCAUGCAAGAUCUACACUGGGAGGACGCCUACAGGCCAAGAUGGCGUCCAUGAAAAUGUUUCAGAUCCAGUUCCACACAGGUUUUGUGCCCAGAAAUGCGACCACUGUCAAGUUUGCCAAGUAUGACUUGGAUGCCUGUGACAUCCAGGAGAAGUACCCAGACUUGUUCCAGGUCAACUUGGACAUUGAGGUGGAACCCAGGGACAGACCCAGCACUAAGACUCCUCCAUGGGACGGCUUCCAAACCAAGGGCCUCAACCCCAAAAUCCUUUUCUCCUCUCGUGAUGAACAGCAGGAGAUCCUCAGCAAAUUUGGUAAGCCAGAGCUGCCUCGUCAGCCAGGUUCCUCGGCAUUUUACGACUCAGAGACGCCCCAGCCAGUUCAGACCCCCGAGGGCCCCAAUGCAACAGAAUCAGAAUCUCCUGUGAGCACCGAUACCAACGCCAACAACUUCUUCCAGACACUGGACUGGGAAGAUGUGAGCGGCCCUCAGGAUGCCUCAGACAGUCAAGGAGGGGGAUCCGUGAAUGACCACGAGGACUUGAGUGAUCAAUCAGAAGGAGAAUCCUACUCUUAUUCUGCCCCCAGUGGGGAGCCGCUGUCACGUGACCCCAGUGAACCGCUGUUUGAUGCUGACUUCGAGACCUCCCCUCCUACAGCCCAGGAAUCUCCCGUUGGUGACACAGCUGAUCUCUUGGGGUUGAACUCUGACCCCGGACCUCCUUCCAUGUCCUCCAACUCCUCCUCUGCUCCUCAUCAAGGAGUCCAGGGAGGAAUGAAAGCCGCAUCCAGCAACAGUGACCUCCUCAACGACCUGUUUGCACCCCCUGCUGGCCAGACAGGAGCAGUGCAGGAAGACUUGUUCUUCAGUGGGCCGACCAGUGGGGCCACACCAGACUCAAAACCCAUGGACGACCUGUUUGAUCCGUUUGGGAUGGGGGCUGGCUCUGGUGUUGGCUCCAGUGUGGGUUCCUCUCGACAGGCCUCGGGACCGGACCUGUUUGGAGACUUGUUGGGUUCUGAUAGUUCAGCCACCAGCGGGUUCAGUUCAGGUCACAGUAACCCAACUCCUGCUUCCAACACCAGCCUCUUCAACCUCAAUAAGCUAGUAAAUGAUGCCCCUAAGAUGACAUCAUCAGCCAGCCAACCGGACCUGCUGGGUGGGUGGGACAGCUGGGCAGCUGGCACCACCACUGGCAUGAGCGCUACCACCAGCAAACCCAACUAUACCAACACAGGUUCUGGUGUGUCGUCUAUGUCAAAGGCCAAGUCUCAGACCUUUGAUCCUUUUGCCGACCUAGGAAACUUGGCUUCCACUUUACCAGGUUCCUCCAGCAGUAAUUUUUCUGGGCCUUCGUUUAGCACAAAGGCUCCUUCCUCCUCCACUUCUUCCUCCGCUUCCUCCUCUGCUAAGCCUCAAGCCCAGCCCUGGCAGUCUGGAAGACCCACCUCAGCCCAGGGCAAACCUUGGAUGCCGGGAUCAGGAUCCGGAUCUGGAUCCGGAUCCGCACCCAAAGCAUCCUCAGCUUCUCAGCCUGCAGGCUCACAGCCCUCCAAACCAAACUACAACCUCAACUUCUCCAGUGUCAUCGGUGGGAGGGAGGAGAGAGGAGUGCGUGGGCCUGGAUUUGGCCCCAAGCCGAAGGUGAAGGAGGAUGAUUUUGAGGACCUGCUGUCGACUCAGGGUUUUGCCUCCAGGCCUGAUAGGAGGGGACCGAGGACCAUCGCUGAAAUGAGAAGACAGGAGAUCACCAAAGACAUGGAUCCACUUAAGUUGCAGAUCUUGGACUGGAUUGAGGGGAAGGAGCGAAACAUCCGAGCGCUGCUGUCAACCCUGCACACGGUGCUGUGGGAGGGUGAAACCCGCUGGAAGCCCGUGGGCAUGGCUGACCUGGUCACACCCGACCAGGUGAAGAAGUACUACAGAAAGGCUGUGCUGGUUGUCCAUCCAGAUAAGGCAACAGGCAAGCCUUAUGAACAUUACGCUAAAAUGAUCUUCAUGGAACUGAACGACGCCUGGUCAGAGUUCGAGAACCAGGGAUCCAAAGCACUCUUCUAAAACCCUGGUCUGGAUCCCAGCUAGACCAGACCAGACCCGACUGGACUGGAUUUGGCCUAAGCAAACAAGGGGUUAGACUGGGCCAGAUUAGACAGGACUGAGCCCACAUUGGGCCUUAGGGGGCAAAGAAGCCUCUGAGAGGUGUCCUCUCUACCAUUCCCUUCACUCCCUUCUCCUUCUUCUCUUUACGUUUUUCUGUUUCUACAGUCAAGGGAAAAAGACAGUUUGCCUCAUGCCUGACUGUAUUAAAAACCUCCUCACUGGUUCAUGAGCCGCCAGUUAAAUGUCGUGAUCGUUCACUGCCUACCUGUACGACUGCCUGAUCGGUGCUGCAAAAGAGGGAGGAAUGGGUGACAAUCACAGGAAGAAGACAAAGAGGGAAAGACAUCGGUUAAUACAAGGACUUUUGAAAUUACCAAAACGAUUAUCAUGGCGGAGGUAUUCACAUAAAAAAAGAUUUCAUGAUCCUACACUAAUAAAAUGCUGUGGCUGGUAAGUUUGUCAUUUGUGGCUGGCACGUUUCAAACAACCAGUCAUUUAGCUGACAGGUUAAAAAAAAAAAAAAAGAAAAGAAAAAAAAGAAAAUGGCUG